CGCUGCGAUUCCGCCCGCCCCGCGUCGAUGCGGGCACGUCGGGGUUCCCGGCCCCCGCCACGCGUCCUGCCGGCUGAGCGGGGCGCGGGCUGAGGUGGAGGGCGCCCCUCUGUCGCCCGCCUCGGCAGCAGGGGAGAGCGGGCGCGGGAAGGAGCCCCCCCCGGACGCCAGCCUGAUUUUUGAGCCCGUUGUGUAACCGCGGGGCGGCACUGAUGGCUGGGGAGAGGAAGAUCUGAUCCUAAGAUAUUUGAAACGUGACAAUGUGGAUAAAACAGCUUUUAGCAAGCAGUUCGAUGUCUGUCCGCAGGUCAGGUUGCCCGGUAGGAAGCCAUGCUUGGAUAUUAAUAGCCAUGUUUCAACUAGCCAUGGAUUUCACCAUCUGUGAAUCUGUAGCCCAAGGCCAAGGGUUUAGGCUCCUGCAAAGGCCUUCUCACUGGCAUAGAUUGUCCCAUAGUCCUUUGUGGAGUUUUAAAAAUGGACAGCAACUGAGGAUUCCUGGCCCUUUUUGGAACCAUGUUUCUUCUCAUCCGGAACGAUCUCAUGGGCAAAUACAAACAUAUCAUUCAAAAAGGCCACACAAAGCCACAGACCAGUUAGCAGGCUUUUAUAAAAGCAUGCAGUCCAAGCACUCUGCUACUGCAAAACCAGCCCCUUCUGUUGUAGAUGGGAGCAGCAGGAGUACAGACCAGCAGACUCCUUUGAAAAGGGGGAAAAGGCACCUCCGAGGAAGCAAUUUUGAUCACAGAGACAGGAGGCCCACCACGGUGCCUGAAGUAAUUGUAUGGGGCCCAACAGGGGAAGAGGACUCCAUGGAAACCAGUACGUUCCCUGGGAAUUAUGGCACCACCACGACUUCCGCUUUACAAACCAGAACGACUACUGUGGCAACCACCACCACCACCACUUCCACCACUGUACGGUCUAAGGGGUUCACAGCAUCACCCGUGCCAGGGCUUAACAAACACAAGAACAACCCUGGCAGGAUUAGCACAACGGAACCCUACACCAGCCACAAGAGCAAUGGAAAAGAAGCCCGUCCACCUAAGUUAAUGGGAGACACUACAGGUCUGGCAGUCCAUCAGAUCAUAACAAUCACAGUGUCCCUCAUCAUGGUCAUAGCUGCUCUGAUAACAACUCUCGUCUUAAAGAAUUGCAGGUGUCUAUUUCAGUUUGAGAAAUCAAUGGAAACUGUACAGAUCGGCAUUAUGGAUGGACGUCUGGAUGUACACAAGGGGCCAAAACGAUCACUGGUUUGUGUGCAAAGUGGAAACACACGGCGGAACGGCCACCAACGCAAAAUCAAUCAGCAGGAAGAGAGUUGCCAGAACUUGACAGACUUCACCCCAGCCCGUGUGCCCAGUAACCUGGACAUAUUCACAGCCUACAAUGAAACACUACAGUGCUCCCACGAGUGCGUCAGGACACCAAUGCCAGUGUAUACAGAGGAGAUGUUACACUCGCCCGGUGAUUAUAAAACAACGUUCAAUGGAAACAGACCCUCUUCUUCUGAUCGGCAUCUAAUUCCUGUGGCCUUUGUGUCUGAGAAAUGGUUUGAAAUCUCCUGCUGACUGGCCGAAGUCUGUUUUACUUCCUGGGGGCAGGGCAGACGCCAUGUGUCUAUUUCCUGGAUUCCAUUGGUGAACCUGUAAAAAAAAAAAGGGUUACCAAUACCUACCAUUUCUGUUUACCAGUAGGAGACUCAAACAGCAGCACUCUAUGUGCCAAAUAUAUUUUUAUAAAAAUGAACACACCUGUAGGAAACUGCAUUUUCAAAGCGCGCAUUUAUGGGAGAAGAGAAAAAAACAUGCAAGCAAAGAAGCCUAUGAAGAAAGGGGAAGUUAAGACGAAAUAAAGGAAAAGGACUGAACAUCUGGAGUUUGGGAUAUGGACUGUGAUUCUGAACCUGUGCCAAUAAUACCAUUAUGUGCCAUGUACUGAUCUGAAAGACUUCACAAGAAGCUGAAGCUAAGUGAAUUACACAUAGAAAUAUUAGAGAAAACCGGGGUGGGGAAUCUCUUCUGAUAGAGUCAGUAUUUCUGGUUAAUAUACAUAUAUACAUAUAGAUAUAAAUAUAUAUAUAUAUACAAACACACACACACACAUACACACACUUUUUGUACUGUAGCAAUUUUUGAAAGUCGUAAAUAUUCAUUUUUUAAAAAUUGUGUCAUGGGUUACAAAUCUGAUUUCUUUAACAUUCUUCGUGUGAACUAAAUAAACUGAUGUUUUCUACUUUGGCAGCUUGCCUUUAAAACACACACACACACACACACACACACACCCUCUAUUUGAAAUAAAUUUCCACUAGUGAACAAAUCGUUUGCCAGGCCUAAUAAACCAUUGAUUACAGAGGAUUCCCUGAGAAGGCUCUGAAACUCUGUUAAAGUGACAGUUCUCUUAUCCAUUGUAGAGUUGCCAGGGUGUUGGCAAGACCCAGAAGGGAUUAUGUUAAACCUAAAGCAGAAACGUAUGGCAAUGUUCAUUUAUAUGAUCAGUUGGUUCUGAUAGUUCUGAAAAGAAAGAGAAUGGUUAAUAAAUAGUAUUUGGGGCUGUUUUGAAACAAAAGCAGAAUUGAGAUGUGUUUUGAAUACAGUUAAAGUCCUCUUUGGAUGCCUCUGGGCCAAAUUGACAAAGACCAUUCCAGUUAUUGUGAAAUUAAAAAAAAAAUCCCCAAAUUUAAACCACACAGGCAAGGAAUCAGUAGGAGAUCCCUUGAGCAAAGCCCUCAGAUCUUAGCCCAGAAUUCAAGUAAUGGCACUGCUAUGAAACAGCAAUGAGCUGGAAGAACAUUCUGUGUUUGGAGAGUAAAUUUAAAACCAGACUUCAUUCCAAAUGGCCCCAGUUGAUACUAUUUAAAUGGCCUGGCUUCUGCUCCAUGUAAACCAUUGUGCCCUGGCCAAGAUCGUCAACAAUUAUCUCAUGCUAUUUUCUGUGUGGUAAAAUCAACAGAGACAAAUUUCCCCCUUCCAUUCCUCAACCCCAGUCACUAGACAUUGCAUCUGUAAAGACACCAAAGUGAUCAACUCUCCAUUGCACUUUCUAGUUUAUGGUAAGACAUCUGAGGCUAAGAUACACUGGACUGGACUGCUGAAAAUCUGAAAGUAGAGUCUGAAGGCUGCAUCGGCGCCUGUAUCCAUUCAUUAGACAAUAAAUACUGAAGAAAGUUCACAGAAAUGAACAGCUGAAACCAGCAGCAAGGGUUACGGUCACUUUAAACCAGGUAUAGUUAUAGUGGUUGCCCAGGGAAAUGGAGUGGAGAACUUUUUUUACCUUUUGGAUUAAUGUAUCAAGAAGGAGCAUAGAAGGAAACCCUGAAAACAACUCUUAAGUUUCCUCUGUUUUAUAGUGCCCUGACCCCUAUUUGUAUGUUUAUGGUGUUAUAUCUAGGGGCUGGCCAGGGACAAGUUUUAAACAUUACUCAGUUUGUGGGAAAAUGUAGGAGAAGGUUCCACUGUUGACACUUGUGUUUCGCUCAUAUCAAUAUCAUCUUAUCAUGGCAAAUUAUGAAUCACCAUAUUACACAAAGCCACUGCAUUGAUGAUGGGUGAAGUAGCGUUUUACAAUCCUUGUUCCCUCGUGGAGCUGCAGAGUACUUCCAAAAACAGGUGUGCAAAUAUUCAUUCUGAUUUUUAAAUGCAUUCACUAUGACUGUGGCUCUGGGUAUGCCUCUUCAGUGUUUGCUUUUUGUGAACUUGCUAUUGAUGGUGUUUUAUUGCCAUAAAGUGAAUUUCUAAGUCAGAGGUGAGUGCUCUUGAAGACUGAAUAUCAGAUUUCUGUGUGUGAUUAUUCAUGCCAGAAAAGCCUGUAAUCUCAUCCUAUCAGAGAAGAAAAACAAUUCUGUGUGACUCCUUUGGCCAAUAACAACUAACCAACGUUGGACCUGAUCCAAAGCCAACUGAAGUCAGUGGUGUCCUUCUAUUGACUUCCCUAGGCUUAGAUUACGUCUGUAGCACGAAUAGCAAAUGCUGAUAAAGAACUACCGGUACACAGCCAGUAAAAAAGACCUCAAAUUAUUUUGUAUAAUGAAUAAAACUGAAUGAAUGUGUCAGUCUGCUCACAGAGAUUCCGCCAGCAGAAAAGGUGAAGGCAAAUUUCUUGUGAUAAAUUAUGCUUUUGUUUAAGCAGCUCCAGUCUCUUACUUUUUAAUAACAUAUCACAUGUCCAUUCUCCAGGUAGUCUUUUUUGCUAAGGGUAAUAAACUGUUUUGAACUUGUUGACCUAUGCACUAAAAUUUGCUGUUUGAACCUUUGCAGUGGGAUGGAGGUUCUGAUAAUAGGCAGUAGGGUAGCAGGCGGAGCUGUGCUGGAUAGCGAGAUCAAACUCAAAGUUCAGUUUGGCUGUCAUCUUUAAAUACGAGGUAUGGGAACAGCUCCACCCCACUAAUAGCCGCUGAUAUCUAUCCAGGGACUGCUUCUGCAGAUUGAAAGGUGUCCUGCUGUGUGCACACUUGGACAAAUAAGUAGGUAGAUAGACUUUAAGAUAGACUUUAGCAAACAGUUUUCAAAGGCUCCUCCUAUCUCUAAAGUCUGCCUCCCUCCCAUGCAUGAAAGAGGGCAUCUUCCAUUUUACAAAUGACUUAUCAAACUCCCAAGACUUGUAGCUAUUUUUUUUAGAUAGUGGCAUCUGACUCAUUUUAGCUGAAGCAUACAGCACAAAUCAUUCAUAUGACCUGACAUGUCUAAAAUACCAAACUCUGCUCUAGUGAUUCUGUUGUAAACCUGGAGUAACCAAUGAAAUAAAUGUCAAUGGAGUUAGUUUACAUCAAGGUAACUGAGAGCAGAUUUUUUAACCCAAAGCCCCUAAAUCCCCUUUCUAAACUGCUCUCUCAAUGGUGGGAUUAUCCAGAGCUACAUCUGUAUUUAUACAUUAGGUACUAGACUCAAUUUUUCUGUGACAUUCAACAUUUAAUUAUUUUAGAAGAGAGUGAAAACACUCCUCGUUAUACCUAGGCAACGGUGCACAUUGCACCUGUGAAACAUUAUAACUCAGGCAAUCGCUUGUCUUUCUAGAUUACUUUCUAUCCAUUUUUAAAGCACCUGUGUUUUUCUAAUCUACUGCUGAGCUCUGGGAGGAAAUCUUCCUUGCCCUGCUCCACCAUAACAUCUGUGGGCCUGACUCAAAGCCCUUUGAAGACAUUGGAAAAACUCCCAGUGACUCUGAUGGACUUUGAUUCGUGCCCUAAAUUCUUUUUCUCAGAAGACCCAGCCACUCUAGAGCCACUCUGGCAAUAUAGAUGAGACGUAUAAUAGAAUUUUGUCAGUGUGCACUAUUAUAUUUUUCCAUGUUAAAUUUUAUCUGCCAUUGUGCUGCUCAACAUUUAAUUGUCUAUAUCCCAGCUUAAGUUUAUCACUGUCCGUCACAGGUUUUAUAAAACAGCUAUUCAGCAAACUUCAUCAACUCGGCAUCCAUUUUCCCUAUGAAUAUUAACCCCCAAAGUAAACUAGUACUAACUUCUAUCCACUGUGUGCGGCAGCUGUACAUUAGCAGUAGGUUUCAUAGUGCACCUAGUCAGUUUUUGUUCCAUGACAAAACUUUUCUCCUGAUACUAUAGUCAUUUAUUGCCUCAGGGCCAGAUUCUGAUCCUCUUAAGUUGAGUAAAUACCACUUGACUUCAAUGAGACUGCUCACAGUGAGGCACUGUUCAGUAUGAGUUAGGGGAUCAGAAAUUUUCCCCUUAAUAAUAUUUUACAGUUGACUUUAGCAAAAUCUUUCAGAAAACACAAGUAAAAUUGUGCUCCUGUGUGACAUUAUCUGCUAUUUCAAACAACUCCAAGGCUAGGCAGACAUGUUAGAUUACACAUACUUCCCCAAAUACUCUGCUUUUGUGAUUAGUUAGACUCUUCUAUUGUAGCAGGGUGAAGUUUGCUGAUCUGUAAUUCCAGGAUCUCCCAGGGCUACUUGUAAAAGAACUUCACCCCCGACCACGACUGAAGUCCCAUGUAUAGCCUAUUAAGCAGGAUUUAAGCGGUACACAGUUCUUGUUUCCUGUUCUCUAUACAGGGGGAGAAUUUCACAUGAAAGGGCUGAAGCGCCUUCAGCAACUUCCCUUGGAAAUAUAAUGUAUGUGUAUUCAGUGCUCUGCCUCCACCUCUCUAAAACAUGACUGCCAUCAGGGGCAGGUACUGUCAGGCCCUUCUCCAGUCACCAGUGGAGUAUUAACCCAUGGCCAGGUAACAGCUUGACUUCUACCUCCUAAAUUCAAAUUCACUGAGGUGCUAUGCUCAUCCAGUGCGACAUCCCAGACAUUAUGAUGCAAGCACUAUAUUCACUAUAUUCACGGAGGAGAACAUACACUAGAUUGCUUUAGUAGUGCAGAAAGCUGAAUUAAUAAGCAUAAAGGACUACCCUGUUUUGAUUGAUAAUUCUACUAAUCAGCAUUAUUAUUUCUAUAUAUAUAUACGGGCCUUAUUCUCCUCUAGCUCACGCUGGUGUAAAUCAGGAGUGACUCCAUUGGUGUCAGUGGAGUUACACCAGUAAAGCACCUUUAAGUGAGAUGAGACUGAGACCCCCCCACAGCAUGCACUCCUCAGAGUCCCACCCCAGUCUGUCAGCAUAUCACAACUUCUACACAAUGAGGGGUACGCCGUCCUUAGCACCCCCUAGUGCACUCAACGGACUGUAGAGGCACUAACCACAAUUAGCGAUAUACCUAAUAAGCAACACUUUUUUUAAAACAAGCAGUUAAAUCAAAAUUUGCACGAUUAAUGUGAUUUUGGGGUGAUUACUUUGGUGCAAUCUGUUGAUUCAGUGUAUGGGGGCUUUUGUAUUUUACCAGUGUAAACAGUGCAGCCCUCAAAAACUAUCAAAACUCGCCAGCACAGAGUAUAUACAUUUUCCUUCUUUGUUUUACUUAUAUAGCAUUGACCCUCUUCCAACUCUGAAGACUGUGUUUUGUACCUUUACCCAUUGAUCUUCUAUUUAUUUGUAUUUUUUGGCUGCACUGUGUAGUACUUGUGGGUAUUCCAAUGUAAUCCUAAUGGCAGUUUGACAUCAUAAAAUAUAUUUCAAAUCCCUUAUUCCAAAAUGUUUGAAGGAUUGUUACAUAUUUUUGCAUCUAUGGUGUUAGAGUCUGAACUAGACUGCAGGAAUAUACUCUAGUAGGGAAUGGAGUGAACUUUGUAUCGCAUGUGAGGUAAGCAGGAGGGGCCCAAACUCCCAUGGGAUAAGCAUCCUCAAGAGAGAAUACCUUGGACCUCAGGAGACUCAAGUAUGAUUUCAGAUGGCAAUUUCAGGAGCCUUCCAUACACUCUGCAAAGGGACAGCUUUGGUCACUGUGAGACCAGACAGGGGCAAAACAGAAAACAAAACGACAUGCACAAACUUCCCUUCUUUGUAAGGACCAACAGCACUUGCACUUUAUCAAAAGAAUACUGACAUCCCUCUGUAUGCUAAACAAACCAAGAGAGGGACCAGCCAGCAGACCCACCGGCAGGAGACAUAGAAUUCAAAACUGCAAAUACGAUUCACCGUGCAGAAUUCUAAUGUCCUGGCCUUUUAUAUGUUCAAAUAAAAAACAACAAAUUAGGUUUAAUUCAUUCCUUGUAUCUAAUGGUAGCCAAAAAAAAAAAAAAAAGUAGAAUUAUAUGGUUGUGUGGAAUAGAUGCUUACCAAUUCUUUUUCUGUUACAUCAGAGAGAACAGAUUCCCCCACACUCUGUAUCUGAUGAUAAGAGUCUGUUUAGAUUUACAUUAUGCCUUCAGCCAGAUUUCGCCAUGGGAAUCUUACAACAGCAGCAUGCCAUCAUCUUUCAGUGCAUCCCCUUUCUGGUGAACACGUAGGCCACAUCUGGGGCCGAUGGUAAAUGGCAUAGUUCCAUUGACUUCAGCUGUCACCAGUGGAACAUCUGGCCCAAAAUCCUUUAGCAGUGAAGAGCCAAAUGCUUGUCAUAGAAUUACUUUCCUCGUGCAUGUAGUUCCACCGAGUUUAAUGGGACUUAAUCCUGUGAGAAACCUUACUCGGGUGGAUGUUGGUAGGAUCAGGCCUAAGUAAGUAUUUUGUAUUACAGUCAGAACCAAAAUCCCUUUUCCAGCCAAACUGCACUCCAUAGGGUGGUGUGAUAUCCUGUACAUCAAAAUAGAGCAUGAAGACCCCGGACAGUUUAGUUUUAUUUACAUUUACUCGGGGCAAUAGUUUUUUCCACUCACGGGCAACCAAUGUCAGAGCAAGUCUCCAGCAAAUAUGCCUUAUAUUUCAAGGGAGAUAUUGCAACAAUGUUACGCUAUGGAAUAUGGGGUAUGUAUUUAUUGUGAAUAGAUUAAUAGAUCAUAAAUGUCGAUAUGCAACCACAUAUAAUAUUAAGACUAGCGUUCCAUCAGAGGGUUCUGCUGACACUCAAAACAGCAAGGACGGGCUGCUUUUCAGCAGAACUCCAUCACAGAGUUUUGUUGCGGCAUAUGUGGGAUAUAUAAUAUCUAUAUGCAAACUUUAGAAUGUUUCUUUCUGGGAUUGUUUUCAGUUUACGUUCCGUGGGCUUGAUUCUGCUAGGUUCUAAGCACUUACUGGACCCUGUUCAGAAAACUCCUUUCUCCUGUGAAUAGAGUUGAUUUCAGUGGGAGCUGAGAGAGCUCAGCACCUGGUGGGAGCAGGGCCCAUGUUCCCAGAAAGUCAUAAUAGAGUACUACCAAUGUGAUGUCACAAUAGAAGUUUUAGGUGGACAAGAGGUUUUGAGAGGCAGCAUUGCCUAGCUGAAUGUGCUAGGGAUUGUCCUAAUCUGUCCUAAUCUCAGCUCUUCCAGAGACUUACUGAGUGGUUUGGGACAAGUCACUUAAACUCUCUCUGCCUCCUUUCCUUCACCUGUAAUAUGGGGAUAACAAUGCUUCCCAAAUCUACCUGGCAAGGGUGUUGUGAGCAUUAAUUAUCUGGUGUCUGUAUUCUGUUUUGAACAUGUUCAGCACAAUAUUCGUGCUAAGUAUUAUUAUGUCCAAUCAGUAGCACUGCAUUGUCUGCUGGAAUUCUCAGAGACCAUAGCAACAUUACCGACAAGAUACCCAUGGAUUGCAGUGAUAUUCAGAGAUUUGUAGAACACAAGAUACAGGUCGUAAGCCAGAAGUAUGUGUCGCUCAUUAUAUCAUAUUCCCUGAGUUUGUCAUAUCCUUAAAAAUAUACAUUUGAUUUUUCAUCUCAAUGCAUUGCAGAUAAUGCAGUUCAAACAAAGAACUGUGGUGUUUGUCAGGCCAGACCAUUUCAGUUCACCUCUUUCAGUUUCCAUUCAGUUCAUUUUAUUUGACAAAGAAUAAACAAAUACACUACAACAAUUAAGUUGCUAUAGGAUUCCAAAACUUGUCGCAAUCUACUCUCUCCUUAGUGCAUAUGACUGUCUCUCAGUAAAAGUAAUAGGUGGGAGUCAGAGGGUUACAUACACCAGGAAGCUGCCAGUCCUUUUGCCCUGAAGCUGAACCUGCCACAUGAACUUACUCUAAGGUUCAGAAUAGUUUGGUUCAUUUUUUGUGCCAAAUCCAUAUCCAGGCCUUUUCCUGCCAAUUGUAAUGCAUGUGAGCUGGGACUGGCUGCAUCAGGAGAAGCCUGAAGGACCAGAGCCUUCCUUUUUACUUGCUCAGAAAAAGCUCCCAUUGACUUCAGUGGGGAUUUUCCCCCAGUAAGGACCGAGCAAAAAUUGAGGAAGAACUUCAGGUCUUGGGGCCUGUUCUAAAGUUCUCUGAAGUCAAUGGGAGUCUUUAGAUCAGGACUUUUGAUCAGGCCCAAGGCCCUCUUAUCUGCUGGUGUUACCUGGAAAUAGAAGGCAACCCAUGCUUGUACUUCCAGCCUUAUUUCCAUGCCAGACAGAUUCAGACAAGCAUCCGGUCUUUUGGCUGUCUAUCCAGAACAUUGCCAAUCACUAGUGGGAGAACAAUUAAUUCCCUAAUUUAUUGCAAACUAAAUAUUUUCAAAAGGUAGCAACUGGUGUUAGCACCACUUGGAAAGAUGUGCAUCUUUCAGCCGUGGUGAGAUUUUGGGUAAAUGCUGAUGUGGUUUUAUUGUCCUCCAGCCAAAGUGAAAAAUAAUUGUCUUCAUUUGCAGCAUCUUUAAAAAAUCCAGAUAUCUCCUUGUACCUUAAAAGGUGGCCAUUUCUCCAACCACAUCUUCCCGGUUGGCCAAAUGGCUCAACCCCUCUGAAAUAUUAUUUUAAAGAUGUGUUUCAGUUUACUUCUUUCCCACUUGUUCUGAAGGAGUGCAAUGGAGCUAAAAGAUUAGUCAAACAGUAAAUAUUCGACACAUUAUAUAUAUAAUUCACCCAUGCCCUUCAUAUAUAAUGCAGUUGGAAAUUUGAGUCAACCAGGUAUGAAAUAUGCAAGAGAUCUGCAAACAAGUAAGAAAUCCCUCCUCAUUUUAAAAGCCCAAUUGAGGUCCGGUUUAUACUGCAGAAGUCACAUGAUGCUUCCCACUCACUCCUUUUUUUCUUAGUCACAACAUUUGUAGACACAUACUUAAUAUGUGUGGAAAAAAUAUAUCUUGCACAAAACAUACACUAAGGGCACAGGGUUCUGAUCAAGAUUAUUUUAGCUUCUGAGGGGUUUAUUUUUUACUUUUAUUUAUUAUUAUUUUACAUCUGGAAUACCUCUUGUUAUUUUUCUGCAAAAAUUAUAUACCAUAUGUGGGUACACACCCACCCACUUACACACACACACACACACACACAUACACUACAAACAUGUAUGUGAGUUUAUCAGUCUUAACAGGUUUAAAUCAUUGUGUCAGUUCAAUGUUGUACUAUCCUUUUCUAGGCAUAUCAUGGCCAUAUUACUAAUAAUAAAUGACAAUGGGUUUUCAGAGGGAGUCGAAUGGCUGCGAUUCCAUACAGGUGAACUAUUUUAUCCGAGAGUGUUUUUUAAUUUGUUUAUGUAUUUCAAAGCUAUGUACUUGGAAAGCACUGUAUAUGCGACCCUAUAACAAUUUCCCGGUGUAUAUUUAGUACUCUGAUGUUGCUAUUAAAAAACAAGAUGAGAAAAACAA